AUGGCUGACAAUGACCACCCCCGCACGAAGUUGAACAACGAAUUACAGAGGAAGUAUGGUCCCUCUGCACAAGACCAUCUCAGGUGGGAGGUCUAUUCGCAAGGCCCUCCCAACGCUUUAACAUGGCAUGCGACCGUCUACAUUGAUGAUAUGAAUCACGGUUAUGCUUCAUCCAAUACCAGAGGUGGUGCUAAAGACACUGCUGCGGAAACGGCAUAUAACCACCUGAAAUAUGAAAGGUUUUCCCGGCGGUGA